GUUUGUUAAUUGGCAAAAUUGCCUGAAGUGGGGAAUUGAAAAAAAUAUUUUAGCAUGAAACUACACGUACAUUUAGUUAUCAGUCUUUUGACAUAAAUCUUAGGACUCUUCUUUGAGAUUCACACAGUCAUUCUUGAAUAAGUCACAUAUAUAGUAGCAGUAAUAGUAUUAAUAAUAGUUGAGCACUUACUAUGUGUCAGGCGUUUUUAAUACUCCCAGUACCUCUUUCAGGUAGAAAUUGUUAUCAUCCCCAUUUUACACAUGAGGUUAAGAAACUUGCCUAAGAUGACAGUCAAUAAAUGGUAAGAUAUGGUUAAAAUACAUGUUGUCUGGCUCUCAAGUUUACACUCUUAACCAGCAGAGCAUCAUCUUUAAUUUCCAUUUCUCGGUGUCCUUAGAGAAGGGCUUUUAGGAAACUAAAGACAAUUGUGAAGUAAUCUAAGUAAAGAAUGCUUCCAGAUUUUGUGAUUUUUGUCAGAACUUUUAGUUGUCUCCCCCAUACAUCCUUUAAUAGCAAUUUUUAUUAGCUAUUCAAUUGCAUUACAUCCUUCCUGAGUUUUUUAAUGAAAACAACAGUUUUCCAGUUUAUAUUUUAUCAGUUUAUGAAAUACUGAGUCAAAUUAUGCAAUUCAAAGUGUACAUGUAGAAGUAUAACAUUUGGGACCAAAUUACGGAUAUAUCUGAUUAUUGGAAUAAAUCGGUUUGGGAAGGAACAUUGCUGUUCUUCGACAACCGAACUUGUGGGAUCACAAAUGGAUCACAAAUACGCAUGCGCAGCUUUUGCGUCAUUACGUCCCGCCCUGCAGUCGCUCCCUCAGAGGGCUGUCACCGAAUGAUCGCGCCUCAUCGUUCGCUGACAGUGCGGCAACCACCAUGGAGUCGCCCUCGCUCCGGGUGGCAGUGGUGUGCUCAAGUAACCAGAACCGCAGCAUGGAGGCACACUACAGCCUCAGCAAACGAGGUUUUAACGUCCGUUCCUUUGGCACAGGAACCCACGUGAAGCUUACUGGACCAUCACCCAACAAGCCAAACAUUUAUGAUUUCAAAACUACAUAUGAGAAGAUGUACAACGAUCUCCUUAAAAAAGAUCGAGAUCUCUACACACAUAAUGGCAUCUUACAUCUGCUGGAUAGAAACAGGAGAAUCAAGCCCAGGCCAGAAAGGUUCCAGGACUGCAGAGAUCAGUUUGACCUGAUCUUCACCUGUGAAGAGAAAGUAUAUGACCGAGUUGUGGAAGAUAUGUAUUCUAGAGAGCAAGAGACCUGCCAGCCAGUGCAUGUGAUCAACAUAGACAUCAAGGACAACGCAGAAGACGCCACCCUGGGGGCAUUCCUCAUCUGCGAGAUGUGCCAGUGCUUCCUGUACACAGACGAUAUGGAGAAUGACAUGGAUUUGCUGCUGCAGGACUUCGAGAGGAGGAAAAGCCGGUCCUUCCUCCACACUGUCUGCUUCUACUGAAGGUAUUCUGCCGGUGGAUGAAAGCAGUAACCAAUCAACUGUACGAGUGAAAUGAGAAGAUACACGUAGCUGCCGGAUCAAGGACCAUCAACUUUUUCCUAUCCCACUUUUACUUUUUGUGUUAUGUUACUUAUG